CUCCACGGACCCCAAUGGGAACGGCGGGGCAAACUCGAAGGAGAAGCAAGUCGGGAUGCUCGUAACCGACCGCAAGAACUUCGAGCGGUCUAUCGCGUUGAACUUGAAUUUUUCCCAGGAGGGCCGGCUUCUGUCCGCCUGCACCUACGACCCAAGAACCUGCUGGGAAGUGCCGUACCACUCGCUGACGCUGGACGAGACGUUGGGGUUUCUGCUGACGGGGUUGGAGUUCGCGAUGGAAACCAUUCCGACGAAGACUUUGGUGAAUGUCAUGCGGGAUUUCAAGGUAUAAUACGACAGAGUCAUAGCAGAUCUUCGCUUUCCUAAAGUUGCGUAGUAUACAGAAUCGGGUUGUGAUGCUGCAGUAGCAUGAGGAAUUUCAUGACAAAACCUCUCCACCUCAGGACAACUACCUCACCACCCCCCGUUUCCACAACUGGGGCCACGCAUUGCAAGUUUUCCACUCCGCCGUUUUGAUGGACCAUGUGACACCCAAACUGUCCGGCUUAAUGGAUUCCGUCCACUCCCUAGCCCUCUUCAUCGCUACCAUUGCCCACGACGUCGCGCACAGAGGGAAAAACAACGGCUUCGAAAUUGCGAGUCAAUCCGAACUGGUAUCCGAUGCAAAAGUAUCGUACUCGUAUUGCAGUCAUGCAUUGCAAAUCCUUUUCGUAAGGUAAAUCCGCAUUGCAGAUUUUAUUUGUCAUGCUGAAGAAAUUUGUAAUGCAUUUAUACGAGUGCGAUGCCAUACUUUUGCAGUGCAUAACUGGCGUUACUCUACAACGACAUCUCGGUUUUGGAAAAUCACCACGCGAGUCUGUGCGGGCAUAUGCAUUGCACAUAUGCCUGGGUCUGGAAUAAACCUGUAAUGCUGAAUGGUCAUGAGUGAGUGCGCCUCUAAGUGCAGUAUUGCAUGACAAAUUUUUCAAACGCUUUCUCAUGCUUAACGCGCAUUACAAACUGCGCUUUUUCAUGAUCGAUGAACUUGCGGCACUUCUGUUGCAGCUUUUAUGCAAUGCAGAUUUUUCUGGAGUCCUGGACACGCAAUACAAGCUCAACCCUUCUAGACCCAGAUACUUUUGCACUUGAUAGGGCAGAUUUUGAAACGACAUGAUUUCUUACAGCAUGUCCCGGACGGGAAGCAGUUCCGGAAAAUCGUGAUCAACGCGAUUCUCGGUACCGACAUGAGCAAACACGGCGACUUGAUGAAGAAGAUGCAGACUUCGCAGAUCGAAUCCGACCAGGAGUUGGUUGUGACUUGUUGUACGCAUUGUGCGGAUCUCGGAGCGCAGGUCUUGCCCAUCUCAACCGCCUGGGAAUUCUACAUGCGGUGCACGGACGAGUUUAUGACAGUGCACAACUCCCCCUAACCCUCAUUUGUAUUGCAUGAACAGCAAUACAGACACCCCCACGUGUGGAGCCUGUGCAUGACAAGUUUAUGCGCCUGGUCUUCUACUGUUUGGGCUUCCGGAAUCUGUCAUGCAAACACUACCACGCAGCAGCGCUUGGAUUUGGUAUUUUCCAUGGCAAAUCAGGGGGAGGGGGAGUUGUGCACUCUCAUAGAGUUUCAGCAACAAGCGCUGGAUGAGAAGGAACUCGGUUUACCCGUAACUCCUUUCAUGACCGGCCAGGAAAACCCGAAAACGCGCGCGUUUGGGCAAGUGCAGUUCAUCGAGUUCGUCGUCAUGCCCUUGUGGAAAGCGGUGUCGGAGGUGUUUCCGACAACGAAAAUGGUCGCGGAGAUUGCGAAACAAGGCGCGUCGAACAUAUCCACAAGAACAAAUUUCCCGUACACGUACAACUGCGGUAUCUGCAUGACAAGACUUAGCUUCGAUCCUAGUUUAGCAUGACAAGUUGGACAGCACUCCAAGUUAGCGAAAUUUCUCAUGCAUUUUGUACAUGUGCGGGAAAUUUGUAUUGCAUAGAGCAACGGUAAGAACAAUCAGGGAACGAGCAGUGAGCAAGUGUUGUCCCAGGACAUGUCCAUCCGGAAAGCUACGCAGCCGAUUUCUGCCGCUUCCGCGCACAGCAGCCAACAAUUGAGAAACGACUCCCGUGCGAACUCGCACAACCAACAGGUGCAGUCGGAGUGGCUGAAGAAUUUGAAUGAAAAUCUCGAGGUUUACAAGUUCGUCGCGAAGCACGGAAAACGAAAGUUUGAAUUGACGGAAGAGGAAUUGCAACAGAUCGAAAUGGAGGAGAAGCGAGUGGAGGAAGAAUUGAAACAAAAGGAAAAAUUGGAACGGGAAAAGCAGAAGGAGAAGCAACACCAACGGGGGGCGACUGUCAUCAAAAAGGCCAGUCCACCAGCAGCGGGGGUGAGUAGUGCUGGGGAGAGCAGUCGGGGGAACGCGGGAAGCGGUACAACUACUGGGGCUCCGAGUAGCAGCCCAAGCAGCAGUAAGGAUAGUAAGCCGAAAAGCUCGAAAUAGUCGGAGGGGUGUAAGUAAGGACGAGAAGUUUGUUCUGCAAAGACAAAGCUAUCGCAUUUUGAUCUUUUGUAUUAGUCGAAAUUACAGCUUCUUCGUCCUUGAGCUUGUAAUUUGACCUUUGAGAAGUGAUCAAGUGUCUCUGAUGUUGACAUAGAAAGGUUUACAGCCGUCGGAUCUACCAUCCAAUAGUACACGAGCGCGGAGGUCUUCUGCUUUUGAAAAGUGUAGUACGGAUGGAAGUUUGUUUUACAUGCAGUGUACAGCCGAGACAGGACAAGGAAUAGCACGUUCAAGCAUGGCAUGAUCGAGUUUCAGCAACAAGUGAAAUAUGUGUAGCCUUCUGUACCAGUGCAUGGUGCUGGGGCGGGGGCAAUGAUUAUGAUAGUAGAUUUUCCCAGACCUGGUUCAGUUUCAUUACUACGCUAUGCAAGAUGCGCUAAAGAAAAAGAGCAGUGCCAGUAACUAGUGACAAUGUCAGCUGUGUGCAAGAAAACAACUAGACAAAAAUAUACGAUGAAGUUCUGUAAACGGAAAGCACUUUAACGAAGAUCGCCAAAGAAGAAAGGUUACGAGCAGGCACAUCUGAAGAACUAUCGUAAUGCGAAUGUCUACAUGGACAUUCUUAUCGGAGUCUAAUCACAGAUUGAAAGAAUUAUUUGAACAAAUUCAAACUACUGUAGUUGUACACAUGACAUCGGAUUUGGUAUGGAAU